AUGCGCCUUCUAUCUUCAGCUUUUGCUACUCUUGCCACAUUGAUUCCAAGUGCUUUGGGUGUUGUCAUCCCGGGUGCCAGCACUCCUCUAUUUUAUUUUGUCUCAUCAUCUCCCAGUUCUCCGUCCAAUCUUUUGCCACUUAGGUUGAACGGAGGAUCCGGAGGGUACGCCACCUUAACCGGAACAAGCCCUAUUGGACAGUUCUACUUUGCGCAAGGACGUCUUACUGCUCUGGACCCGGCAGGAUCUACGUCACUAACAUACAUGCCACUCCUCGGGUCCCAACUGGGCCCUUCUGGAUGCAGCACAUAUGGACAGCUGGGGUUUGUUCAGGGAGCUAGUUCCAACAAGUGUGCACGGUACGAUGGCUUCCAGAUCCAGUCCAAUAUCGAAAACAGUCAGCUUGGGGCACAACUAGUAAUUAAUUACGUCGGUGGAUUCUACGCCUGUGGAGACGGAAAGGACGUGUGGUACAAACUUUCACCUGGAGAUGGACCGAGUGACUGUUCUCCAAUCACGUUGUACACAGUUCCUGUCACUGCAUAA